CAGAUACUUAUCCUGUUUGAGUGAUGAGAAUGAAACUCUAGUUCAGAUGUGCAAACUUGGAACAAUUUUUUGAACAAUCAAACAAGAAACAAGCAAUCAAAAAAUUGUUUUAUGAUUUCUUGACAGGUGCUCUUCAAACAACAUAAGCAGUGUAUAUCCAUAAAUAAGCAUAAUAAAACAAACAGGGGAAAAGCAGGAAUACGAAACUUAAAUGCAAUACUGAGACAAUUAUAAAAAAAGCUAAUGUAACAAACGUUCAGUGAGUUUCCCAGGUCUUAUUUUAAUUUGAAGCCCCAUAAAAACUAUGUCUGACGAAGAAAAAGACAUGGAUGCAAACAUGAGCGAUGAGCAAGGAAAUUCUAAUACAGAAUCUAGCAGUGACGAUGAAGAUAAGGAACUUAUGGCAAAAGUAGAGGAGCUAGAGAAACAGAUAUCUGCUAACAAAUACCUCUACGAUGCUCACUUGGAAUUAGUUGAACUAUACAGAAAACUAGGAGAUCUCAAUUCUUUACGGGAGUCCUAUGAGAGGUUUCACGAAUGUUUUCCACUCACACCAAAGAUAUGGCUAGACUGGAUCAGAGAUGAAAUCAAAAUAGCUAGUAGUGAGGAGGAGAAAAAGAGGGUUUUCCAGAUUUUUGACAAAGCGGUUGAAGAUUAUUUGUCUGUAGAACUAUGGACGGAGUAUGCACAGUACUCUAUAGGCGUGAGCAAUCUAGAAACCACACGUUCGAUCAUUGAACGUGGUUUGACAUGCGCAGGUUUACAUGCUAGUGAGGGCCAUCUGUUAUGGGAUACUUUGAGGGAGUUAGAAAAUGCUCAUAUAUCAUUACAAGAAAAAGGCUCUGCGGCGUGGACUGCCCAAGUAAAACGCUUAGGUGACAUUUUUAAACGACAGCUGUCAGUUCCACUGAUGAAUAUAGAAAACACUUACGAAGAAUGGCAACAGUGGCACAAAACUUUACCAGAUGGUCUAUAUGACCCUAAGCCCGUAGAGUGGGGUUACAAAAAGGCGCGAAAAAUCUUGGGCGACUAUAAGCCCUUUGAGGAACGACUUUUGAUCGCACAGACUGAGGAAUUUGACGUUAUCUAUCGAGAAUAUAUCAAGAUAGUAAAGGAUCCCUCAACAGUAAUUUGCUUGUACGAGCGUGCAGUGUUGCCGUUGUGCCUGUCGCCAAACAUAUGGGCGCAGUAUUGUGCUUAUGUCAUAAAGUUGGGUGAUGCGGCACUCAAAGUGAGUGACAGAGCUUUGCGGAACUGUCCUUGGAGUGAGGAGCUAUGGAUUUGGAAAUUGCGCGUUAUGGAGUGGUUACAGAGAGACAAUAAGGAGGAACUCAGUUGCUUUGAACAAGCUCUCCAAAGUCUUUCACCUAGCCCAUGCCUGGACUUGUGGCUAUCUUACCUGGAAUAUUCACGUAGAAACGAAAAAGAUGGAGCAAAGCUAGAGAAACUUUUCUCUGACGCUGUCGAGCGAUUGUGGGAGCACGACGCGCAACGUAAAAUAGCCAGAUUCCACGCUAGGCUCUUGGCUAAGAAAGAGAAUAUGCAAGCAGCUAGAAAGAUAUGGAGUGGCAUUCUGGGUGAUGCUACUAAUAAAGGUUUGGCAACGGCAUGGCUGGAAUUUGCGAAUUUGGAGAGGCAAUAUGGGGAAGUGAACCAAGUACGAUCUAUAUACAAAAGAGCUCUGAGUGCUUGUACAGAAUGGCAACAGGCUAUUGUGGACGAUUGGUUGAUGUUUGAACGUGAAAAUGGCACCUUGGAGGACGUUUUGAAAUGCGUAGAGACCUGUAAGAGUCUUGUAAAGGUAUAUGCCCAGACAUACUCAAAUCAGAAUAAUCAGAGUAAUGAUGAUACUCGUAUGGACACCAGCGAUGUCAAAAAAGGAACCAAACGAAAACAGCAUAGAGAAGAGAUAGGACAAAAGAAAAGAAUGAAACCAGACAAAACUCACGAAGACAAAUCACCUCAACAAAAAAGGUUAGAGAAGGAUCCCAAAACAACUGUUUUUGUCAGCAACUUGCACAGUAGUGUUAAAGAAAAGCAAUUGAAGGAGCUGUUCCCGAAUGCCACAGAAGUGGAGGUUGCAUAUGACAAGAAAGGACGGUCUAGAUGUUACGGGUACAUCAAAUUCGCCAAGGAAGAAGAGGCGAUGACAGCCCUAGCGAGUGACAGAAUCCCAUUGGACGGCAGACCAGUGUUCAUAUCUGAACUGAAACCUGCUAAAAUGGAGCGAAAACCUGCCUUUAAGUAUUCCACGACGGUAGAAAACAACAAAUUGUUCGUGAAGGGACUGCCUGUGACGAAAACUAAGGAGGAAGUCGAGGAGUUGUUCAAACCCCACAAAGCGAUUGACGUGCGGGUGAUAUUGAAAAAAAGCGGACAGUCUAAAGGCCUCGCGUACGUCGAGUUCGCUAACGAAGCGGAUGCACAAAAGGCGUUGAAAGCUACUGAUGGAAUGAAGGUGGACGACCACGAAAUCAGCGUCGCAAUAAGCGCGCCCCCGCCCAAAAAAGAGAAGAAACCAGAGGUGCCAGAACCAUCCAGGCACGCGAGAAGCCGUCUGCAGGUCCCGUUGAUACCCAGAUCCCUCCAGGUGAAAAGCGCGACUGAAAAAUCUGGUUCCACCAAUGGAAACGCUGCUGUUAGCACUGCAGCACCAAAAUCGAACGCUGAUUUCAGAAAUAUGUUGUUGAAAAAAUAAUUAAAUGUUUUGUAAGUUGUAAAUUUUAAGUUUAUAUGUGGUUAGAUAUUGCAUAUACAUAUUAAAGAAAUGAAAGAUUGUAUAUAAAAUUGUUUAUUCGCUCAUAUAAAACAAAUUCGCCCAAAGGCUAUAUUGCGACACAAAUAACAAAUAGACAUAGAUUUUAGUCAGAAUUGUCCAAAAGACACUCCAAAAUAAUAUAACACUAAAUAAAAAUAAGAUCAAAAGAUCUAGAAUAAGAUUUUUCUUCGAGAAUAAAAUGUGAAAAAUUUUAAAGAAUAAUAAGC